AUGAUGUAAAAUUUAAGAAAUAUUUUCAAUGUACCAUCUUAGAUAGUUGAAAUUAUCAAAAUUACCAAGACAAGAGGAGAUAUAGAAGAAAAGAUAUAUCCAGAAUCUGAUGUAGAAGAUUUGUCUUCAUCUACUCCUCAAAGCAAUUUCUUUAAAGGAGAGUUUGACACUAAAACUAAAAAAAAGAAAAAACAUAUUAGAUUUAGCUUAUAAAAUCAAGUGUGUAGUUGCCAAUUAGAUUCAAAAUUAAUUUCUCCAUUAGAUUCCCCUCGUAAAAGUUCACAUUCAAUUUAAUCUAUUUUAAAGCCUCAAUGUCUAUCAAUGUUUUGUUAAAAAAAGAAAUGA